CAGGCUGGAGGCCCGCGCGGCUCCACGGGGUGCGCGCGCGUUCGGGUCGCCCCCUUCCUCCCCGGCCGUGGCCCAGGGCGCGCGGGGCGGCCUCCAGGAGACCGAGUCCCCGAACGUCCGCGCGUUCUGAAGCCACAUACGGGCUCGAGCUGAGGCCGCGGGCGCCCCGUGGUGCCGGAGAGCCGACAGCCCUGCCCGCCGCCAGAGGGGGGGGUGUCGAGGCCUGCACCGCCCGGCGGCCCUGCGCACGCGGUCUGCGUCGUAGCGAGCCCGGGCGCGGGUCGGGGCCCGGGUCCUCGCGGGCCCUGCUCCCUGCUUUUCUAGGGGCACUGUUACUACUUGGCGACCUACCACAAUGAAAACUGGGAGGAGCCAAGAUGAUAUGGUAACUGGCACGCUCCCUAAGCGCAAGAGCUCCAAAGAAUGGUUGGAACCACAGUCGCUUUCUUUUAUGGAGGCUUUAGCUAAAGAAGAUACUGAUGCAGCUGUUCAGUCAAUAUUAUAUAGAGAAAAUUAUGUAAUGAAGGAACUAGAUAAGUAUUUAUAUCAUCAUGACUUCUUAAAUGCAAGAAGAAAAGAGAUGUUGUAUAAAAAAUGGGUUGAGUGUGUGGCAGAUCCUCUACAGAAGAAAAUUUUAGAAAAAGUUUGUUCACAUAAGAAGAUUAAAAAGAGGAGACGACAAGAAUUAGACAGUUUUUUGAGACAUGUAAAUAAGAAGGGAAAUGCAUUUAUAGAGCAUUAUGAUCCAAAAGAAUAUGAUCCUUUUUAUAUGAGCAAAGAGGACCCCAAUUUUCUAAAGGUCAUCAUGCCGCCAUUCCGUGACCCUCUGAAAAAAGCACAGUAUGACAAGGACAAUGACAAGAGGACUCUCCUCCAGUGCGAGACUGGCAAAGUCUAUACAAUGAAAGAAUUCAAAGAGAUGGAGAAGGCCCAGUUGCAUUCCAGGUUUCCGAGUAUCUCUACUUCAAGGCAAUGUAUGACUCCAAACGAAUGGCUUCGAGUGCCCAUGACAUACAUAGAGAGUGAAUUUUGUAAAAAGAGCAGGGUCAAAAUGAAGGGGAAUUUUAACGCUAGUACCUUUGAUUUGACUCCACUGAAGAGGGUGCCUAAUUUUCUGGAGUGCCGGGAGGAAGAAAAGACAGUCAGUUUCAAAAACAAAGGGCUCUCCUCUGUGGACAGUGACGCUCCAUGUCUCCAGGAGGGGAAGAACUCAAGUUCCCCAGAGAUCAGUUCUGAAGGUCAUCAUUCUUCUGCAGACCUCUGCCAGGAGGUAGAAAGGGAUGAGGUCCAGGACACGGUGAGGACUAACCAGGAUGCGGUGAGAGCUAACCAGGACGCGGUGAGAGCUAACCAGGACACGGUGAGAACUAACCAGGAUGUGGUGAGAACUAACCAGGAUGUGGUGAGAACUAACCAGGAUGUGGUGAGAACUAACCAGGACACGGUGAGAACUAACCAGGAUGCGGUGAGAACUAACCAGGAUGCGGUGAGAACUAACCAGGACGUGGUGAGAACUAACCAGGACGCGGUGAGAGCUAACCAGGACGCGGUGAGAACUAACCAGGACGCGGUGAGAACUAACCAGGACGCGGUGAGAACUAACCAGGAUGUGGUGAGAACUAACCAGGACACGGUGAGAACUAACCAGGACGUGGUGAGAACUAACCAGGAUGUGGUGAGAACUAACCAGGACGUGGUGAGAACUAACCAGGACGUGGUGAGAACUAACCAGGACACGGUGGGAACUAACCAGGACGUGGUGAGAACUAACCAGGACGCGGUGAGAGCUAACCAGGACGCUGUGAGAGCUAACCAGGACGCGGUGAGAACUAACCAGGACGUGGUGAGAGCUAACCAGGAUGUGGUGAGAACUAACCAGGACACGGUGAGAGCUAACCAGGACGCGGUGAGAGCUAACCAGGACGCUGUGAGAGCUAACCAGGACAGUCAGUCCCAUUUUGUGAUACCCAGGGCAGCCCUUGCUGACACCCAGGUGGAAGCAGGUGGGAACUUCCUGAUAUGGUGGGCUCUUUAGAAGCCAGGAGGCAGCGGGAAGACACAAAGACAGUUGUCCUUCAGAGGGAGAGUGCCCUUGCAGCUCGGUGGAGCCCAGUGGACGUGCCCAGUGGUGGGGGCCAGCUGUCUCCUAUUUCCUUGGCUCCUGAGUUGACUCCUAAUGGGUAAUCUUUCUACCACCUCUGCCCGCUCUCUCCCUUUACCUGUACUCAAGCCAGGCCCCCUGAAUUGUCUCUUUUAAUUCAGUCAAGAAUUGGUUUUCAAAGGCCAUACUAAAAGCAGUAAUCUCUAAGGAGGAAAGUAUAGCUCCCAAGUGUAAAGUGUCUAGAGAGACAGGUCUUCUAGAGACCGCCCAAGGUAACUACCUAGCCUGGCACCCAGUCCAACAAGACACCUAGGUCUAGAGGGUCCUUUUACCCUUCAGUCUUCCGUCCCGACGUUGCUGUGUCCCAUACUAUGGAGACCGUCUCUUCUCCGAGCGGCUGGAGCCCGAAAGGAUUUUUCAUCCACUCAUGAAAGCUUCCCUAACCUGUCAGCACAUCUUCCCUUCUUUGCCUGCCGUUGUUUAGUGGCUCUUCCGUGUGGUUCUUACUCUGCUCCCCUCCACUUAACAAAGGCCUGUUCUGAGUCAGGCAGUACAGAUGGGGCUGGAGGCAUGAUGGUGAGCCGCAGGCGUCUCUGCUCUUGUGGAGCUUACACUCUGAUGGUAAAGAUAGAAAACAAUCCAAAUAAAUGCACAACAGGUGAGGUAAUGAAGUGAGGAGAAGAAAAUAGAUGAGGACACCAUUUUAAGUGGAGAAAGCAGAAGAGUGUUCUCGGAAGAGGUGACAUGUACUGUAGGCUGGGCAUGGUGGCGCACGCCUUCAAUCACAGUACUUGGGAAGC